GAUAAUGUAUUUUGGAUGCCUUUCCCAAAGCAAGAAUACAUUCUAUAAGUCUCUUAGUAUUUGAAUAGAUAAUAUGGACAUCAUUAUUAUAUUUGGAAUUUGAGUGAACAUGAUUAUUUGAGAGAGUUAUUCUAGAAUUAAGUUUCAAUGCAUUCUUAUAUUGGAUUUGCUUGUCCCCCUCUUUAUGAAUUACUAUUAAUUUGUAAAUGUAUUUUAGAAUGGGUUCAACAUGAAGGCAAUAUAGCAAUAGUUCAUUGUUAACAAAAUAAAGGAAGGAGUGCUAUUCUACUUUCAAUUUUAUGGUCUCUUGUUUUUAAAACGAGUAUUUAAGAAAGCUUUUAUAUUAUUGGAAAAUCUUUAGGACUUACUUCACCAUUAAAAUCUUAGCUUAUGUAUAUACAUUAAUACAUAUCUCAUUUGUUAACUAAUGGAUAAUUUAAUACUCAAACAAUUAAGGUGAAAUCAGUCAUCUUAAGUGGAAUUCCAAAAUAAUUCGAAAGUUUCAAACCAUUUUUUUAAAUAAUAGAUAGAAAAGGAGUGUUGUAUGAAGAGAAAAAUCAAAUAAUACAAAAGAAUUAACAAUGUAUAUUCAUUCUUCCAAAUUUAUAAAUUAGCAAUGAUAUUGUAUUUAGAUGUAAACAUAUUACUUCGUAAGAUGAUUUGAUUCCUAUAUUUAGAUUUUAGAUCCAUACAGGAUUCUUAUUCAAAAAUAUCAUUCGUUUUAAAGGAAGUGAUUUAGAUUUUCAAUAAUAAUUUGAUGAUGAUUUUUAUAUUGAUUUGGUCUAUCUAAGAGGAAAUGAAACUAAUAAUCUGCUUGAAUCAGAUAAAUUGAAUUAUGAUUAACAAUCUUAAGAAGGUUAUUAGAUGAUAAAAUAAUUAUUGGAUACAUGUUAGAUCAUGAGUUUGAAUAUGAAAUUGUAAUUAUUUCAAGAGAAUGAUAUUCCUAAUUAAAUCUAAGAAUAGUCAUAACCGAUAUAGUAAUAUACUUAGAAAUUUAAUUAAUUGAAUGAAUCAGUUGAACAGAACUAAAGAAAGAAUAGCUAAUAAGAAAAAGAAAGUUUAUCAGAUGUUUAAAUUCAAAAUAAGCCAGAGGAGAUAUAUGAAAAAAUAAAUGAUCAAGAUAAUAAUUAAAAUUAGAAUGAAGAUGAUGAUGAUGAUGAAAUCAUAAUUUGA